AUGGAGCACUCUCCCUCUCUGAACCUGUCUGGCCCGGACGGUGAGGAGGCAGAGGACCCACUGCGCCCCCUACUGCCCCCGAGAAUAAUACUACAACCUCAGGCCUGCUCUUCCCAAUGUGGCAUCCACCAUACAGUUCAACCUCCACCUGAUCCUACCGUGUGGAUGGACCGCACCCAAGCUAUGGCCACGACACCCCUUUACAAUGGACAUCUGUAUUUAACAACAUCCCCACGACCAAGUAAGAAAACAAAAGGCAAAGAGAAGAAAAGUGAGAGGAGAUCGAAGAGUUCUAGUCACAAAGGUAAAAGUAAAAAUACAAGUAGUGGACAUAGGCUACAAGAAAGGGUGACCUCCUUCACAGAUGUGCCACUAUCACAGACUGGGUCACCGUACAUGGGACACUGCAGACCAAUCAUGGACCCUAAAGAUAGCGAGAGUCGAAUCUGUAGCAUCUCUGAAAACGUGGAAAUGCAAGAACGCCAGGCGCUACCAGAAAUCAUCAUCACAAGCAAAGACGAUGAACUGCAACAGGAGGUACCACAUCAGCCCAAGGAAGUGAAGACCCCACUGCAUAUAGGCCAAAGACCCAAACCAAACCCGCUCAAUAUCAGUCCAAAAUCGAAAGCUGACGACGAUCCGUACUGGAGGACCCAUAACAUCGGCUGGAGGUUGGUGCGGAGGAGGAGCCUGUUUCUGAGGAGACAGAGGCUGAAUGACUGUGCCCUUGCCGUGGGGAUCUUUGGGGUGGUGCUGAUGGUGAUGGAGACUGAGCUGUCCUGGAGCGUUUACAGCAAGAGCUCUCUGUACUCUCUGGCCCUGAAGUCCGUCAUCAGCGUCACCACUGUUAUUCUGGUGGGACUUAUCAUCGCGUACCACUGCUGUGAGAUACAGUUAUACGUCCAUGAUAUCGGUGCAGAGGAUUGGCGUAUCGCUAUGACAACUGAGCGUGUGACCCUCAUUGUGCUGGAGCUGGUUGCCGUGGCGAUCCACCCGUACCCCGUUGGUCUGUCAUCGUACUUCCAGCCGAACAAGACCCGUCCGUCGCUGUCGGAGACGGAGCUGGAGAUCGUGCUGGCGCUCCCCAUGUUCCUGCGUCUGUACCUUCUGGGGCGCGCCAUGAUGCUCCACAGUCGUCUCUUCACGGACACGGCGUCUCGAAGCAUCGGGGCCCUCAACAAGAUUCACUUUAACACGAGGUUUGUGGGAAAAACACUGAUGACGAACUACCCCGGGACCGUGCUCAUGAUCUUCAGUGUGUCUCUGUGGAUAGUGGCAGCCUGGGGGCUACACGUCUGUGAGAGACAUCAUAACUACAGGGAUCUGAGCAGUAACUACAUGGAGGCGCUGUGGAUGGUGUCAGUCACUUUUUUGUCGAUCGGAUAUGGAGACGUGGUGCCGCACACGUACUGCGGCCGGAGCAUCUGUCUGCUCACGGGGAUCAUGGGGGCGGGCUGCACGGUGCUGGUGGUCGCGGUGGUUGCCAGGAAACUGGAGUUGACUCGAGCUGAAAAACACGUCCACAACUUCAUGAUGGACUCACACAUCACCAAAAGGAUAAAAAUUGCAGCAGCGAAUGUGCUGAGAGAGACUUGGCUGAUCUACAAACACGCAAAACUCAAGAGUCAAAAAGACCAGACACGAGUGAGAGACCACCAGAGGAAACUACUGCUCGCCAUCCACCAACUCCGCAAGGUGAAAAUGGAGAAGAGGUGUCUGGCCGACCAGGGGAACUCUCUGGUGGAUAUAAUGAAGAUGCAGACACUGAUGUACGACGUGCUAGCGGAGGUCCAAGGCUGUCGAGAUGAGAUGGACAACCACAUCCUGAGUUUGGAGAAGAACGUAGAGGAGCUCCGAGAGGGCUUUAGGAUUCUCAUGCCUCUCCUCUCCAGCACGCUGUCCACGCAAAACUCAUCCAUCAGACAUUUGCUCAGAGAGAGAGAGGGCAAAGCCGAGGAGGCAGGGGGAGGAGAAGGGGACAGGUAG